UCUAUACUCAUAUACACAAAGGUAAUGCUAACAUCCUUGGUUGUACCUUACAAUUGUUAUUAAAAUAUGCACUCUUUCCAACUCUGAAUUCUAAUUCUUCAAUCAAAAAAAUAUCUUGUCUUUUUCAUAGUAAAUAUAUCAUAAUGCUUGUCAAGGCUCUUGCUCUCGCUCUUACCGUCGUGGCCCUCGUGUCGGCACAAAGUAUCCCACGUACACCAACGGCCGCAGGAGGAUGUGCAACUGAUUUCGAGGAAAUGGCAUGCAAAGGAAAUGUUGAUCUCUGCUGCCCUAUUAUUAAGAAGGGGUGCCAGGAGUACCGCAAGCAAUGCACCUUGAAAGGAACAAAGUCCUCUUUGAUUCGAAACAAGUGCAGCCCCCCAAAGCCAGCAGGCUGUCCUGCCAACACCUUCGGAUGCCCAGCUGACUAUGGUGGAAACUGCUGUCCUAAUGGCUCAUUCUGUGGUACUAUUGGAGCCGACUUUGUUUGCUUCUCUUAAAUCACAAAUUAUCAACACCUACACCCUUCUUCCCCCACUUUCAUAUUCUAGUAAGGGUAUGUAGUCUACAUUAAACAUAACCCAAUAAUAUUAAUUACUCCUAUUCAAGGCAACUAAGACGAAUGCUUUGCGAUAAAUUAAGGUUUAUACGUACUUAGUAAAUACAAGUAAGCACGAGACAAGAGUGGGAUCUUUAAUAGCACCGUCCGGUCCCCUUAAAAUAGGUCGUCGGAUGGUCUUUUCUAUGUAAUGUG